ACUGAGAACCAAAUUAAAAAUCAAAACCUAGCGAAGUCUGUGGAUGGCGACGGCGGCUGCUAAUUUGCUCUUCCAAACAAACCCGUUCAAGUGGAAGCCGAAUCGACUCCGCCCCCUUGGUCCUCUUCAACCAGUCAAACUCAUCAUCAGUAGUGCUAUCGCAACCCCGAAAUCUCGUUUUUCUCUGCAGUACCAUCCUCCUCCUACAGCCAAAAAGCUUCAAUCAUCAAAUUCAUCCACCUCCGAUCCGAAAUCAAACUCUGUAUGGAAAUUUGCUGUAAAAGUGACUGCGGGUGUGGUUUUGGGUGCGUUGCUGCUCAUGCACAGACCCAAAACUCUGGGGCGGGUCGUUGCAACAUGCAAUCCCCUCGAUCGCGCUCAAAAGGAUGAUCCUGAGUGUGCUGAUCGGUACAGGUCAGCGCAGUGGUACAAUUUGUUGCGUACCUUUUGCGAGACUGCAGGGUUAAGUUUAUAUCCUUGUGCAGCAUACUAUGGCUCGCUUCCUGUGCUCUACAUAUUGUCUGAAUAUCUAACACUGACCGACCCUUCUAAUAAGCUCCAUUGGUCUAAACACUGGUACGCUUGGUAUAAGCGCCAAGCCAACUUCUUGUUGAUAUUCCUUCUCAUAGCUCAUAUUACUUGGGCAUGGCGCCAUAUUCCAUCUACUGUUGUCAGGCUUAACAUCCAGGUUAAUUUAUCGAAUGCUGGACGAGCGCUCCACACUGAUCUUAAUCGGAUUGCUGAAACUACUGCAGAUACCUCUAUCUAUAAAGGUGUAAACAGUAUUUUGACAGAGACAGCAACAACUUUUCUUAAGCAUCCUGAUUGUUUCAUCUCAGCCAGUACGUAUGCGGCUGGCCAGUCUCAUUGGGAUGAUGAUGCACGAAAUUUCUUAAAUGAACUAUGUCUUGAAGAGAGGAUCAGAUUAGGCGGACAUCCACUUAUCAAUGUGAAUAAGAACUUAAAAGUGGAAAGCUCAACAAGCCAAAAAUCAGCACAUGAAAUUCAACAUGAACAUAUUGACGUAGAUGCUAAUCAACUUGACAAACACAACAAAUAUGACUUGUCCCACCUAGUUCAUACCCCGCUCAUGGCGUCAAAGAAGAUAGAUCUUACGCAGGAAAGCUCAACAAGCCAAAUAUCGGCAACUGAAACGCAAGAUGAAUAUAUGGAGGUUAUAAUAUUGGCGGCUAUUGCCUCGAAGCGUGAUGAUGAGUUUCCCAGAAUCAUCAAAUCCUGGGAUGACUUGAAGGAAGCAUUGCAAUUGCUUACAUCCGAGGGUAUAUAUCCAUAUGUAGUAGAAGUGUUGUGGAAGCCUAUGUCCUCUUCCUCGACGGGCAGGAGAAGAUUGUGGUUCAGAUGAACGAAAGUUUGUUUACAGGACAACAAUAUCUAGGAAGGUAUCCAGAAAUGGAUGGAUGUAAUGCAUGUACCAAUAGUAUUCGAAAAAAUAUAUUUCAUCAAGUUUCAUGAGAGCUUUAGAUUAGAAAAUAACUAAUGGAUGUUUAGCUGCAAACUCGAGUGGCAGAAUUUUUCUAGAUUAACGAAGGCAUCCAGAGUUCAUUUUCAUGAUAGGCUAUGUGGAAGAGAUGAAAUUUCAGAUAGUUCAUGGGUACUAUCAUCAUAGAUUGGUUUGUGACCAAUAUA